GCUUGACGCGUGUCGGCCAUUUUGGGUUGUUUGUUCUGCGAGGAGCGCUUGUUAUUUUCCAGACAAACACGGAUCAAAGACCGAAACAAUCGAAAGAAACGCACGAAAGACAUUUUACCCUUUCCCUCCAUCAUUAUGGGUCCACCGCGAUGCAGAUGCCGCCGUCUGUUACCUGAGAGAACGGAGGAUUUCGGUCGGUUUGUCAGUUUAUCUUGACAUGGCAUGCGGGCGUGUGACGACUGUGGAAAAGCUCAAAAACAAACGGAGACCAUCGAGCUAAACAUCCGCCGAGGAUAGAUCGAUCCAGGGCGGUUUUGCACUGAGAUUAGUAUUUGAAGACGAGGGGUUCUCGUUAGGAUUGUUUUACAGUACUUGCUCGAAUCGCAACGAGCUUGGAAGAAAUUUCGAGAAAAUGGGGAGAAACAAUAGUUAGCCAGCUAAGCAGUAACGCACGAAGCAAGUCCCUGCUAACAUCGCGAUAAACAAAACGGGAGAAACCAAAAUGUAAAAAUCUGACCAUUGAUACAUAUUCGUUUGUCUGCUCUUAAAUAUUUAAGCAUAUUAAUGAGAUAUGUAGCUCCUUUCGAUCAGGUUAUCGGUGGCGAACGUGUGUUUUCAUCUUAGCUAGCAUUAGUUUGCUAGCCGGCCACAAUAAAAGCGUCACAAUGAAACUCAGCCGUGGCAGAAGAGUUCGUGGGUCCGUUUUAUGCCCUUAAACCCUAAGAUGUCCAGUAAAUUCUGUGUUUUUACUCCGUGCCAAGAUAUCCUGGCAUUUGCAUUUCUCUGCCAUGGUUGUCUUUCUCACUUGUCAUUAAAUUGUGCUUUUACGAGACGGUUUAUACCAAGACAUGGAUACAAAGCAGAAUCGCCAAUCCUGGAAGAGACUUCACAAAGUCCGCAAUAAUAGUCAAGUCUCUCGGUCAGCUUUUUAGAUAACGUUAAGGUUUAUUUGUCUAAAACAAGGGAUUUGUCCCCUUGCACACACAAACACGUACACAAAACUGUCGGUAUGGAUUUUCAGUGUAGCAGGCAUUUGUGGCACAUGUCCUUCUUUCAGUGAUUAAAACAAAGGAUUUACUAUUAAAUUGUUGGUUUCAUUUAGUUCAAACUAAGCCUUGGCUUGUUUUUUGUUUGAAAAAUGGUGUAACACAUCAAAAUAUAGAUACAGUACAAAUUUACGUGGCCCAAAAGCACUAUCCAUAUUGAUUUAAAAAAUGACUUGAUUUAAUUUUGGUAAGUUUAUUCUCUAAUUGCAAUUGGCAUGUACCGCAAGUAGUGCUUGGUUAUAGUUUUUAGUUUGUAAAAGACUUUGAAAGACAGCAUAUUUAAAAAACACAAAAAAAUUGAAGUACGUAGGCAAAAUUAUUACUGCUAGUUACAAUGGGUGACCCAAAUACUCGCCGAAAUCACACGAGAAACCGACUUCGUGCCCAGCUACGAAAGAAAAGGGAGUCUCUGGCCGAUCAGUUUGACUUCAAGAUCUAUAUUGCCUUCGUAUUUAAGGAAAAGAAAAAGAAGUCUGCGCUCUUUGAAGUAGCUGAGGUGGUACCCGUGAUGACCAACAACUACGAGGAAAAUAUCCUUAAAGGCGUGAAGGAUUCAAACUACUCCUUAGAGAGUUCUUUAGAACUUCUCCAGAAAGAUGUUGUGCAGUUGCAUGCGCCUCGCUACCAGUCCAUGCGUAGAGAUGUGAUAGGUUGUACCCAGGAGAUGGACUUCAUCCUUUGGCCCCGCAAUGAUAUUGAGAAGAUUGUCUGUCUCCUGUUCUCCAGAUGGAAAGGGGCUGAACAUGAACCAUUCAGGCCUGUUCAGGCCAAGUUCGAGUUUCAUCACGGAGACUAUGAGAAACAGUUUUUGCAUGCUGUUGGUAGGAAGGACAAGGCUGGGAUGGUUAUGAACAACCCCAACCAGUCUGUCUUUCUCUUUAUGGACAGACAGCACUUACAGACUCCAAAAGCCAAGCUCACAGUUUUCAAGUUGUGCAGUCUCUGUCUCUACCUGCCACAGGAUCAGCUGACUUGUUGGGGGGUUGGAGACAUCGAGGACCACCUCCGUCCAUACAUGCCUGAUUAGGAGAAACCGAUAGAAAACUCCACUCGAGGCCUCGAAGCAAGUUGUCCUCAUCAACACGUCCCUCAGUUGAAUAGAAUUGAACUUGUGCUUGGAACUCUCGUUUUUGUUAACCACUCAUUUUCAUCUUGAGAUUAAUUUAGCGCUUUGUUUUGUUUUUUAAUUCGACCAGUUUUGGUUUGGUUCAUCCCAUCUGCCUUCUCUUUGAUAUCAGUUUUAUUUGAACCUGCAUGAACAUUGAUUUUGAGUGGUUGUUCUCUUGGAGCUGCACUGUCAACAAUACCAGUCACCGAAGGAACUCUUUACAUUAAGGAAAAGCAAAAUGCCCGAACCAGUCUUUCAGAUGUGGUCCUCUUGAUGUGUUGGACCGGCUUUAACAUCUGUGUUGUGAGGGAUAGUUAACUCUUAGUAUUGGGGGAAUGACAGUAGGGAUUCAUGAGUAUCUGUUAUAAAGGAGGACAAAAGAGCUCAGGCAGUCUUCCAAAAACGCGAACAAUACUUGUUAAAACUCAUUUGGUGUUGGCAUUGCUUCUCAUUCUGUUACUGCGUUAGUUUUUGCUGGACAUUUUAAUUUUGAGUGUCAUUGCUUGCCUAUAAUAAUACGACAAACCUUAUUUCAUGUUGUAUUUCAUGCAUUUUUAGAGGAGUGGUGCCUAAACGGGACGGAGGUGUGGGAUGUCUCUUGACAAACUGUUAUAGGAAUUCUGAUGUUUUUCUUUUUUGGGGGAUGGGAUGGUAAUUGUCAGCAAUCAAGCAGUUCAUGCACUAUAUACGUACAAGCUACUGAUACCAGAUUUAAUCUUUGGUGGUGGGUAUGUGAUGGGAGACUUGUGUUCAUGCUCAUAUACCUAAUGAGAAAUUUCAUAGGGAAACUUAAGAUAAGAUUUGAUUUUCUUUUAUAGACGAACCUGUUCUGAGAGUGCUUGGAAAUUUGGUAUCUGUAAGCCACUUUUGUUGUGAAAUCAUUAUCCACUUUCAAAUACUUGAUGGGAAAGGGCAAGGUUGAUCUGUCUUUAUUAAUGUACCCAUUGUUUGAAUAAUUCUCUUGAAAUAAACUGCUGAACAUAUUCUAA